ACUUUGUUUUCAUUUCUUUUUGCCUUACCCCACUUCUAAUAGAUGUUAUAAUAGUAGUCCAACACAAAAGUAAUAAAGCAUGUUCAAAGAACAAGGUCGUCGAGUUGUUGUUGCUACCACUAUAAUUAUAUUGUAUAUAGCCAUUUGCAAUAAUAGCAGUCGUAAUUAUGCACAAAAUAUUCUAUCUCUGCUCAUGCUACCAGCGAUCAGUUUCAUAUCGCUUUUGGCACUGAACUCAAUAGUACUCUUUGUCUAUGUCAAAUAUUUUAUACCAUCCAACUCAUCUACAAUUUUCCCAUCAGUUGCUGCUAAUCAAAAGACAGCAGCACAAUUUAAACCUAUGAAAUUUACUCAUAGAUCAAUAUGGCUCAAGUUACAGCAGGAUUUUUUUGAAGGUUCUUCAACAAGUGAAAGCCUCAAGCAACAGUUAACAGAAAACAAUGAGAUAAAUGCAGCCUUAAAUAACUUUUUGAAGUAUAUCAUGAGAGAUUUUGUCGAAUCUUGGUAUAGCAAGAUCUCACCACCAACAACAACAACAGCAUCGACUGCUGAUAUUAAUGCUAGCGACAACCAUGAUAUUGGUUUCCCAGGCUCCGUUGAAUGUCUUAUACGUUCAGCUAUAACCAAUAUCAUUCAUCGGGUUGAACAAACGGAUAUUUUAUACGUCAUAUUAAACAAGGUGAUACCAAAGAUAACCUUUCAUAUGUAUGAAUUCAGAAUGGCUGAAACAUCUUUACAUACGACGACCAACCAUUCUGCUGGUGAUCAUAACAGUAGUAAUAGUUUUACGAACAAGCACCAGCAAUCAUCAGCACAAUCGUCUACAUUAACAUCAAACAAUAAAAUGUUACCAACAACGGCAGACAAUAUGAUCGAUGAUUUAUUCCUUGCUUCACGGUUUCGUUCUGGUCAGUUGCAUAAAGCACUUACGAGUGGAGCAGUUGUUACCACUAAACCUACAGAAAUUGCCUAUUUGAGAGAACUAGUUGAACGGCUAUUGCCAUUCAUUUUCGAUGCAGCGAGUCUGAAAGAAGAAAUAGAGUCUGAACCUGUUAAAAUCGUACUACGUGAAAUUUUGGCGAAUUCUGUAUUGCAGCCUGUCAUGAAUAUGUUAGCUGACCCUGAUUUCUGGAAUCAGACAAUUGAUGCAUAUCUAGGUAAAGCCAUUAUCGAACAGAAAAUGGUAAAGCAGUUACGUGAAGUACUGGAUCGACAUUCUACACAACAGCUACAACAAGAUUACUGGGAUGACGAAAAAUCGAUAUCAGAUAAAUGGCUGAAUAAUUUGACUACGUUAAAUAGAAACGAAAACAAAAACAGCGAUAACGGCAGUGCCAACAAUAUAGAUGGUGAUCUACAGAAGACACAACUGAAACGUCAACAUAUUGAAAUGUCCAAGGCUUUUUCAGAUACAGAGACUAUUCCUGCUCAUUCCAGAGGCUCUGGCAAUAGCAGUGACAGCGACUAUAAUGAUUUGGACGGUACCGAAUAUAAGACUGAAAAUAGUGUUGGAAGCCUUUUGCACAUUUUUAAAUCAGUUUUUGAUCCAGUUUCCUUGAACUCAACGCCAUCAACAGCUGCUGUAAUAAAAACAAGUAAACGUAAUGGAAACGAAUAUCGGCAAUUUGGUAUUGGUGGUCUACCUAUAGGAAAACAACGCUCUUUCCAGGAUUUAAUGAAUAUGAUACAGGAAGAAAGGAAACUGAUUGAUUUAAAGAGAGUAAGAAACGAUAUUGUUACUCAAAUUCGAAAAAGAAAGGCACAGAUUGUAAACCAUGAUAUAGCUGAUAGGGAUCCCGAAGAGAUCCUUGAUGGCGAAAAAGUAGAGGACAUAAUGACAUACUUGAGCAGGCUAGAUGUUGCUAAAAAACGGGUAGAUAAGCGUAUUGCUUUUCUGUCAGGUGAACAAAACGGUAGCUUUAGAAAUUCGACAUCAAAACUGUUUAGUAUGGGAUCUCAGAAACGGAGUGUCGCCUCUUAUACUUCUCCUACCAGUAUUAGGUUCUCGUUAAAGGAUAUACUGACAAACACAGCUAGUCUAUCGUAUUUUAUGGAAUUUAUGGAUCGUCGCGGGGAAAUUAUCAAACUACAAUUCUGGCUUAUUGUUGAAGGGUUUAGCAAUACAGAUCUUUCCGCUAGUAGAAACCAACAAAGACAAUUUUUGGACGAUGUGAAAAUGGUUUUCGAAACAUAUUUUACAGAAUUGUCUCCUCAUCGAAUACAUAUUGCUGACCAACUAAUUACAGAUUUAAAAGGUAUAAUACAAACAGCAGAGAAAAGCUAUGCUAAUGAAGAUGAUGCUGCACAAGGAUUUACCAGUCAUAUCCAUGAACUUCGAUUACGGUUGUUGCGAAUUCAGCAGUAUAUAUUUAGAGAAAUUGAGAAGGAGCAUUAUCCUUACUUCAAGAGAUCAGAUCUUUAUUUUAAAUUUCUUUCUUCAGCGCCCAAUAUGAUAUCUGCGAACGCAAUAGACAAUGUAAACAUAAGCAAUGAUACAGUAUCAUCGACAUCACCCCCCAAUUCUAGGCGAAGUUUAGAUGAGAGCGAACUCUACAGUAGUCAGAUUGAUGUCGCAGCUUCGAAACGCCCCUCAUCAUUGCACGAACCAUCAAUAACAUCAACUCAGUCACCUUCGUCUUUAUUGCCCCAAUCAAGUAUAACUACUACUGCUCAAGAAUAUUUUUUGAAGAACGGAACGCCACAACCACUGUUGUCACAAUCAGAUAGCAAUCAACUAACAGGGAGAAGUAACCAGAAGCAGCGUGAUCUACUCAUAGCAUCAACACCAUCGAUAUCCACCAAUAUAAAAAAUUCUUCUUUAAAAUUUAACUAUUUUUCUAGCAUGUUCCCUUCGCCAUUUAAUUAUCGGCGACCUCGGGCUAAGUCCUCAACCUCCCUUACAGCACCCUUGUUAAGCCCCCCAACUAACGGACAGAAACAUGCUGACAAUCAAUCCAUAUUAUUCUUUGAGAAAUCAUCAGAAAAUAGGGAGGAAGAAGAGCUGCAGCAACAAGCUCCUCACUUACCAAGAACAUUAUCAAAACGAACUUCACUUGUACGCAGCAAUACGGUAGAUGCUGUAGAGGCCGAAUUACGGUCCAUUCUCGACAGCAAUAGUAUUGCAAACAUAGCAUUGAAUGAGGACGAUGUUGAAACUUCAAGUAAAUCUUUUACGAAAAAAGCAUUCAGUUUGUGUGGAUCUAAGGCUAAUAUAAAAGCAGCUACUGCUCUACCAGUGCAAAAUAUAUCUUUUUUACCCACUUGGACAUCAAAUGGUGGUAUAGGCACUGAAAAUGAAUUUAAGCAUUAUUCUCUAGAAGAAAUAGCAUCUUCCAAAAGCAAUGGACCAUUUAUCUCAACAAUGAAACUGGAAACUGACACUAUUAAUCGAACUACUGAUAGUCCAACUGAGAACGACAAGCACCCAUCACCUGAAGUAGAUGCGAGUACCAUUAGUGACACAGACAAUAGCAAUAUUCAUUUGGCACCACCCGGCGACCUUUUGCUUGCUACCAAAAUUGGACAACUAAAUGAAGAAAUUGAAAAAUUAAUUGCACAGGAAGCGAUUGUCGAUGCUUUGGUCGCCAAAGCAGAAGAGCAACAAAAUAAAGUAGAAGAACUACGUAUUCUCAAAAAAUCAAAAAGUAUGUUCCGACAAGAAAUACAACAAAUGCAAUAUCAAAAAUCCCAAUAUCAACUGCAAGAGUCCGAAAAUGUUCUUUUACCCCAACGUACUCAAGUGCAUAUUACCAGUGCUACUAUAGGCUCAGACAAGAAUGGCGAUUUUGCAUUAUAUAUUAUUGAAGUGCAGCAGCUUUCUUCUUCAACGACAUCCAUGAAUGCAGAGGAACAACGUUAUGCCUCGGGAGGUUGGAUCGUUGCUCGACGCUAUAGUGAAUUCUUUGCUCUACAUCAAAAACUUAAAGAGAAGCAUCCAGUUGUCAAGUCGUUCGAAUUUCCGUCAAAACAAUGGCCCUUAUUUAUGAAGUUGCAAAAAUCUUUUGUAGAAGCCAGACGUGUGAGUCUAGAGCGAUAUUUAAGGACAUUGAUGGCAGAUCCAGAAAUCUGUAACAGUCAAGAGUUCCGCGCUUUCCUGUCACAACAAAAUAUCUAUGUGCCUGGUCCGUCCACUGUUACCUUUGAAAACAGCAACGUAGGAAAAAAAAAGCUUCAGCAACGAUCACCAUCGACGAAAAAUAGGACAUCUUCCUCAACAUCUUCCCUACAGUCACUAUAUUGUAGUAAAACUGGCCAACAGCUUUCUACCAAUUCAUCACCAUCAAUCCAACAUUUACAAAAAUCUAUUAUUGCUGAUAACAAUAACAUGCAAUCACAGCAACAGCAGCAACAGCAAUAUCAUUCAAAAGGCUUCAUGCGCCAAAUUUACAAAACAGUAGCGGCAGGGAUUGAUGAUAUCCUCAUCGCACCUUCAAUGUUAGAUCUAAUUACACAACGUUUAAGUGAACAAGUUGUUAUGGAAUUCUCUUCUCUAUCCAUCGAUAACAGAGAACAGCAGCCUUCAAUAUCCAGUUCGACUAGCUCUAGCACAAGUUCAGUUCGCAGUAAUAAAAAAACGAUACCAGCAACAAUUACAGAGCCUUCUGUUAUGGUGGAGCCUACAACAACGACAGGAACAAAGGCGGAAGGAACCGCGCACUUUACAGAAUCACUUUGCGAUCUAUUUAUAGAGAUGUUUGAAUUGAAGGAUAAGACAAAUUGGUUACGAAGACAAGCAAUUGUAAUCAUCAUUCAACAAAUUUUGGAGGGAACAAUUGAAAGAAAACUGAAGGAAGCGAUGACGCACCUUCGAUCUCCAUCUAUGAUCUUAUUAUAUUUAAACAAGGUUAUGGAUGGCUUGUGGCCAAAUGGGGAACGUAUGGCAAGUAAAGAACCAAGAACAUUAGAGACAAAAGUACAGACAAGGGACGAAGCAAAUCGAAAGUUAUCCACUUGGUUACCAGGUCUAUAACGCCUUAACUAUACACAUUUUCUUUUUUAAAUCCUUCGAAUACUGACCCUCUUCUGCUAAUACUGUAAUAUAGACUUACUGGGGAGUACCGUGGGCAGACAGAAUGCUAGGAAAGGCGCAAGACGGUUAUUCUCAGUACUUCAGAAUAAAAGGCUCAACCAAGAUCUUGUUUAUAAUUUACUAGAUGAAAUCGUUUAUGCACUAUUCCCUGAAUUACAAGCAGAAACAACGACAAAUGCCAUAUAAUGUACACACUUUUUCUCAUAACAUCAAUAUAGAGUAGUUAGGCUACGAAUACCAUUUAGUCCCCAUUCG